CACCACUCUGCACCUGGCUCCAUCCCCAGCUUAAGUUGUUCCCCAGAGAUGGAGAAUUUCCAGUACAGCAUCCAACUGAAUGACAGGGACUGGGCGGAGUUUUACUCGGCUGCUGAAGAAUGCAGCUUAAUCCCGGCUGCCCUGGCCACGGCGGAGGAGCUGGGCGUCAGUGACAUUGAGCAAGGGGACGGCGAGGCCGGCAGCCCCCGCACCGCCAGGCUGAUCACAGUGAGGGCAGGCAGCACGCCAGCUCCUGGCCCGGGACCCUGCCCCCCACAUGGGGUCCCCGGAGAGACCGCCCCGCCCCGGCCCAUCCCUGGGCACCUGUUCCUGGAGGAGGUUCUGUCGGGCAGCGAGGAUGAAAUGGAUCUGGGCUCAGGCAGCAGGUUUCUGUGUGAGAGCGACACGCCCAGAUCCCCCCAGCAGACUCCGCUGAUGCCCAGCGCCCAGGACAGGCAGCUGCCUUGUUUCUCAGAGGCCGGCUUUGCCGGACCAGCUAGCCAUGCCAUGGAGAAGCCGCUCCAGGCCCAGGACAGCUCCCGCAACGAAGUGGGCCAGGCCGCAGAACGUGCAGUGGCCGCCCCGUUUGCUGUACAGGCAGGAGGGGGUCUGGCCGUAGUACCCCACGAUCACCUGCCAGAAGGAGCUCCACAGGAGGGGGCAUUACCAGGGGAGCAUCUACAAGGCAGCCCAGAGAAGGCAGAGUCUGAAAGGCCAGUUCAUGCAGCGGAUGUGAGCUCCCCAGCGCUGGCUGCUUCAGGGGGGAUAGAGAGGCCAGCGGGGGAAAAGGCGAACUGGUCUCUCUGUUUAGAGCCUGGGCUGCCAGACCCAAACAGUGACAUUUCCCAGAAUCCAUCUGCAGAGCCCCUGCAGCCAACGUGUUCCAGAAUACCAGGGGAGAGCCGGCCUGCUGGGAAGAAUCCAGGGGAGCGUUUGGGUCUCGGUCAAGCCUUGACUGCUCCGGGUUCCCCUGGCGACUCUCCGGAUGUCGUGCAGCCCAGAAGGCCUGCGCACCAGGGUGACAGCCGUGAGCACCAGGGUACGCUCACAGCCAUAGUGACACCGUCGCACGGGGCCGUGGCACUGCAAAGCUCAACUCUAACUAUGGAGUUUUUAACCUCCUCUGCCCUACUGCGAGAGAGCAAAGGAGAGGGAAUAGUGGCCAAACCAGCUCUUGGGGGGCUGGAGGGUGAGGAUGAAGCUCAGCGAGGUGGUACCCUGACCUGUGGCAUGCUGGGGGAUGAGGGGCGAGGGUUGGCACUGGGGGGUCAGGCCGUCAACGCUCCCAGGAGCAAGGCGGUGAAAGGCCCUGCAGUGCAGCCCUUCCCAGGGGAACUGAAGAAGACCAGUCGUGCAAGGCCAAAGCAAGCAACUGAUUUAGGAAUCCAUGAGAACAUGUCGUUGAAUCAGAGCAGCAGACCCACUGCGUCACAGAGAGAGGAGUGGAGGAGCACCACUGGGAAGCCCCUGCGUCUUGGAAGCACCAUGGCAGUUGGAGGGGAUGCUGAAGAUGGAGCCCAGGGAAGGCAGAGAUCUGGGCUCCUAGGAGGGCUGUUUCCUCAUCAUUCAGCAGCUGAGGACUCUCAGGAGGGGGCCAUACCUGCCCUGACCUGGCCGGAGAUGUAUGACUAUUUUUUCUGUGACGCCCAAGAGCAGGGGGGGGAGAUGAACAGCUUGGGUGGGGUGGCGAAAACGCCCAUGUCUCCCUGCGAGAAGGAGCAGGAGGUGCCUGAAAUGUACGGGCCUGAGAUGUAUGAAUAUUUCUUUAACGAACCUGAAGAAAAUGGCAGCAAAGACACCUUUGUGGAGACAGACAGGAUCAGCACCCUGGAGCAAACGUCCUCAUCGUGCGAAAGCCGGGAGGACCCGGGCUCGGCCAAAGCCGGAGAGCCCGGCGGUGUUAUCUCCAUCCCCGAGGUUUAUGAACAUUUCUUUACGGACGGAGCAAGAGGCAGGAGGAGCUGGGGGCGGAUCUUCCUGCGCAUGCCGGGCUUGGAGGCAAGAAAAGCCAUGGCAGCUUUGAAAUCCUUCCUGCAAAAGCCAAUGCGCUUGGUCAGACGCAGCCCCUCCGACCGCGGGGUCCCGGUCCCACGAGGUUCCAUAAAGAGGCUCUCCCUUCUCCAGCUGAGGCCUCCCGGGAGAAUCCAGCUGAAGCCAGAGGAUUUAGGGAUGGCCCCUGCACUAGCAGAAAGGCCCCGCCCUCCCCUAGCUCUCACGCAGGAGGACAUGUGCCUGGUCUUCGUUGCCUUUGCAUCCUGGGCCGUGAAGACGUCAGAUCUGCAGGCUCCGGACGCAUGGAAGACUGUGUUACUGGCAAACGUCGGCACCCUCUCUGCCAUCCGGUACUUCAGACGGCAGGCCAUCGAAGGACGACACGGAACCUAGACACUCCCGCGUGGCCCAGCCAGAGACACGUCCCGUGGGCCCGCGAGGAAGAGUCCGAGAGACGACACUCACUGCACCUUGUCCUUUGGCAAUAAAAUGACUGUUUGCCAAUGGGUCCAGUGGAGACCUGGUUCUGGAAUCCAGGCUGCAGAGUCCUGGCAAGGCGCAGGGUGCAAGGAAGCAAUGAAAUCUGACAUGUAAUCUGUUUGUUAUAGGCAUUAUAUGCAUUUUGUUGCACGGGGUAGAAUUAGGCCCAGUGCAUGCUGGUUCAAUUCUGCUCUCUGCCUCUGACUUGGUCAACAUAGCGACGGCGAUCGGGGGGUGAAAAAUCCACUCACCUGACCGACGUAGCUAUGUCGACCUAGUCCCAGUGUAGCAACAGCUCAACAGAAGAAGGCAUCAGUCAACAUAGCUGCCAUCAUUCGGGGAGGUGGAGUUCUGUCAGUGUAGGCUGUGUCUACACUACAGAGUUAUGCUGACGUAGCUGUGCUGGUAUACAAGGGGGCUGAAACAUUUUGUAUA